AUGCAUUCCAACGGCGCAACAAAACGGGCUUUCCCUCCAGGCAUCCACGGGCCUUCCGUGACCUUCUUCAACGACGAUGACCAGCAGGAUAUCGACUGGGUGACCCAAGAACGACACUUGGAGUAUCUCAUCACCUCUGGAUUGCAGGGCGUGGUUAUCGCGGGUUCCAGCGGCGAGUCGUGCACCCUCAGUCAAGACGAAAAGGCGCAGCUGGUUCGGAAAUCAAGAGAAAUAGCCCAAGCCAAUGGAAAAGACGACUUCGCCGUCACCAUCGGCUGUCUGGGUGGCAGCACCCGCGAUAUCGUCCAGCAAACGGUCGUCGGCCAUCAGAACGGCGCAGACUUUGCCCUCGUCCUCGUCCCGUCUACGUUCCACUGGGCAAUGACCAAGCCGGCCAUUGUCGCGUUCUUCCAGGAGGUUGCAGACAGGUCGCCGAUCCCCGUUAUGAUCUAUAACUUCCCGAACUUGCUCUCUGGCUUGGACGUGGAUUCAGACAUGCUGGAGACCCUCGGUGCACACCCGAACAUCUGCGGCGUCAAAUUGACCUGCGGUGGGAUUGCAAAGGUCACCAGAAUCGCUGCGAAAUUCCCACCGAGUCAGUUUGGUGCGGUGUCGGGGAUGAGUGACUGGCUGGUGCCGGCGCUGUCCGUGGGUGCAAUCGGGUGUAUCUCCGGCGUGGCCAACGUAUUUCCGCGUGUAAUGCUUGAAAUGUGCAACCUUUACAAAGACGGAAAGAUCGCAGAGGCGGCCGAGCUGCAGAAGAAGUUGGGACAGCCCGAAUGGGGAAUCUCUACAUCGGACGUCAACGGCAUGAAAUGGAUCAUCACCAAGAUGAAGGGAUAUCCAGAGUCAAGCGCACACUGUCGACGACCAUUCCCCCGGUUCGUGGAUGCAGAGAAGCAGGCGCGUGCUCUCAAGCUGGUGGCGCCUUUUGCGGCAGUGGAGAAAGAACUGGCUUCAGUGUAG